GUGGGUCACCACCCGACUAGCGCCAAGCGCCAUUUAGAACAUUAUCCUCAACUGCAUCCAACUCCUCCUAUAUGAUGUCAUUGGUUGGUGCAUCUCAUCCCAUUACAUGUCAAGCUCUGACCUCGUGCAAAGUGUUAAAAAACUGGAAUGUAACCGAUUUUCUUCCCCUCUCCUUUUCGUCUCCUUCCUUCUACCAUCUUCUGCCAAAAACGAAAAUCAACGCUCUGCCUCUCUCUCUUGUGAAAUCGAUCUUCAUUCUUCAGCCCACUCUCAUAGUUGUUAUGGCCUUUGUUGCCCUCCUUCACUCCCCUAAGCGUCACACCGUCGCACACCACACCGUCCACCCCAGCUUCUUACCAAAAGCAUUUCACAGUAGCGUUAGGGUUUGUUCUCCUCUUCUUUCCUUUGAUUAUAGAAUUGGGCGUUUUCUUCUACCUUACAGCAGAGAGAUCAAUCCGUAACAACUUGAUGAAAUAUCAUUUGGAAGAAUUCUCGAUUUGAACUCGACGAACUCAACAUCGACACUGGGUAUUCAUCGACCUAGGUGCAUUGCAUGUGCAGCUCCAAAAUGAUUUCGAAACUCGACUUGGACAUGCCUUCAAUGUUCUCGGGCUUGAGCAAAUGGUGAUUAAGAUGGCUAAUUGUACUUGGCCUAUACCAAUUCACAAUCUUCACCUCAAUGCCGAAGCAUUCAAUGAGUUCUUGGCUGUCCUUGAUCUGCAUCCUUUUGAUUACCUCAUGCUUACCAUGCUGCCUACUUUUUAGUUCGUGGUCAUCGUCUUCCAUGGCCACAAUGAUAGUGAAAGACUUUAUGACUGGUUUUAGUCCAGUUGUUCUAACCAUACUUUGGCUGACUAGCGCUUGCAAAGAACUGUAAUUGAAGUCUCCCCUAAUUCUUUCCUUCGCAAGUCUACAUCUUCUUCGUCUGACUUUUUUUUCACCUCCCAAAUACUUUUGUAUAUAUAGGUUGAACUCCUUCAAAAAAAACAAUGUCACGGUUGUUAUCCGCAAUGAGCGAGAACUCAACGCCAUUCGUAUUCGUGAAGAAAACGAAGGGCUGAAGCUAUAGCUACGGAAAAACUACAGGCAAACUGUAUGAGAAAAGGAAAACGCAAGGCUACAUGUGCGGACAAGCGGAAAGAUAAUGCCUUGGUUGAACUUCGUCAAUGAAAUGGUGGAGUUGUGAUCUGCAGUGAGUUGGAACUUCGUAUUCGUUCAAAGAGUAGCUUUUAACCCAUAAAACUCCUCUGAAGAAAGCCGUGUCCCACUCUGUACUUCUUCAGCCUCGAUACAAUACAUUCAUCGGGAAAGAUACUUUCUGCAUGCAAACGUAUCCCCGUUUGAACGGUGAUCUGACACUCCCGCGUUCCUCUCUCUCUCAUCAGAUAAUCGAUCACAGCAACUCUUGCUGCCACCAAUCCUCAUCCUCAUCCCCAUCCCCAUCGAUCGCUCCUCCCAAAAAGUGCAAAAAGGAAUUCCAACUAGAUCGAGUUUUAUGCGUUGUUCUCCGUCGAUGGAUCCAGACUCCGUUCCCACGAAUGUGUUGAAGAUUCGGAUCUGUAGGUCGCCGGCGAGCUGCAUUUGCGUGUUUGUCAACGUCCAGUAGCAUAGAGGUAUCGAAGGCGGCGAAGGAGGGAGAAGGAGAGAGGUAUCCUUAAUUGAGUGAAUAUAUAAUGCAUAAGAAGAAGUAUCCGAUUGGAGUGGAGCAUUAUACGUUGUACGAGGAGAUAGGGCAAGGUGUGAGUGCUUCGGUUCAUCGCGCCCUGUGUAUCCCGUUCGACGAGAUCAUUGCCAUCAAAAUUCUCGAUUUCGAAUGCAAUUUUAGUGAUCUGAAUAACAUAUCUCGUGAAGCAUAGACAAUGAUCCUGGCUGACCACCCUAAUGUUCUCAAGUCACACUGCUCAUUCGUUAUUGAUCAUAAUCUUCGGGUCAUCAGGCCAUUUAUGGCUGGAGGUUCUUGUCUCCACAUAUUGAAGGCUAUACAGCCCGAUGGUUUUGAGGAGGUUGUGAUUAAAUUUGCAACUAUAUUGCGCGAGGUAUUGAAGGGCUUGGAGUAUGUUCAUCGCCAAGGACACAUUCAUCGGGAUGUCAAGGCUGGAAGUAUUCUCAUUGAUGCAAAUGAUGCAAUUAAGCUUGGGGAUUUUGGUGUAUCUGCUUGCUUGUUUGAUUCAGCAGGGCAGACGAGAAAAACAUUUGUGGGCAAACCGUGCUGGAUGGCACUCGAGGUUAUGGAGCAAUUGCAUGGUUAUAACUGCAAGGCUGAUAUCUAGUCUUUCGGUAUUACUGCUUUAAAGCUAGCCCAUGGCCAUACUCCUUUUUCAAAGUAUCCUUUAAUGAAGAUAUUACUCAUGACUUUGCAAAAUGCGCCUCCUGGUCUUGAUUAUGAGAGAGACAGAAAGUUUUCUAAGUCCUUUAAGUAGAUGAUUGCUAGUUGCUUGGUAAAAGAUCCUUGAAAGUGACCUUCUGCACAAGAGUUGUUAAAACAUUCAUUCUUCAAGAAAUCUAGAUCCAAUGAAUACAUAGCGAGAACACUUUUGGAGGCUCCCGCUCUUGGUGAUCGUCUCCGAGCCUUGAAGAGAAAAGAACAAGACAUGCUUGUAGAAAAGAAAAUACCAGAUGGGCAGAAGGAGGAAAUGUCACAGGAUGAAUAACGAGGGAUUAGUGGUUGGAACUUCAAUCUUGAAGACGUGAAGGCUCAGGCUUCCUUGGAUGAGGACACUCAAUCUGAAAAACAUCAAGGAGGAAGCUUAGUUACUGCUUCUAGCCUUGACCAAGAAAAGAAAUUUCAGCAUCAGUUGUCUUCAGAAGAUAACGACUUGACACAAUUUACCUACUUGUUCGGUAGUCGACUCAACCAUGACCAACAACUUAGUAAAGAUCGUUAA